AUGAAUGGCCCGGAGAAAGGACCUCCGAGCCGGAGGUCGGAAAGAGACGAACGAGCUUAUGUGGUAGAGCUAUUUAAACUAUACUUAGGUGAAGAGCAUCAACGAAGGCCCCAUUUGGCUGUGAAUUAUGAAAGGGCAAUUAUCGAUUAUCUUCGGGAGAUUGGGAUAUGUAUCAAGGAAAAAAUCACAACCAAUUUCCCCGAAAUUGGAUUUUUGGAAAACGUUCUUCUUGUCCUUACCAUUCCCGCCGAAUAUUCGGAGGAAGCAAAAGCUACAAUGAGAGAUUGUGCAUACAAAGCAGGAUUGAUUAGAGACAGAACCUCCGAACAAUUACAAUUUACCACCGAACCCGAAGCCGCAGCAAUAUAUUGUAUCGAUAGUCUCAGAGAACACGAUCUGGACGUUGGAGCAACCUUUAUGAUCGUCGAUUGUGGCGGUGGCACGGUAGAUUUGACAACGCGAAAACUAUUGGAAGGAGGCAGGCUAGGCGAAAUCACGGAAAGAAUAGGCGAUUACUGUGGAAGCACCUUCAUCGACGCCGAAUUUAUUAAAUACCUAAAAAACGAACACAACCUCGGAGAUGCCAUUGACUCGAUGGAGAUAAACUAUUAUGGGCAAAUGCAAUAUUUGAUUCAAGAAUUUUGUCGGUACGCGAAAUUACCAUUUACGGGCGAUGAUCCGAAUUUUUAUUACGAAGUGGAUCUUGAAGUUUUAUCGGAAUACGCGAACGAUGAAGUGAAAGAAGCGAUGGGAGCCAUCGAUUGGGUGGUUAAACUUGACUCUGCAACUAUCAAAUCAAUGUUCGAUCCAAUCGUUGAAAGAAUAUUGCGCAUGAUCCACAUUCAACUUGAUAACUCCCACGAGGAAUGCUCAGUAAUGUUCUUAGUUGGAGGUUUCGGUCAAUCGGCGUAUUUACGAAACAGAAUUAGACAGGAAUUUCAGCAUCGCGUUCGCAAUAUUUCUGCUCCCACGAACCCGAUUGCGGCAAUUUCCCGUGGCGCUGCAAUUUACGGGAGAAGUUUUCGCGGUGCUGACGGUAUGAUAGAUAUAGAUGGUAUGAAAUCAAUUAUAGAUUCACGUGUGUUAAAAUUCACCUAUGGUGUUAAAGUAUUAUCGGUUGGUUCCGACGAAGAAACGGGUGGCAAAUUUCGUUUUUCUACUAUCGUGCAGAAAGGAACUGAAGUGAGUACUGACGAGGGGUUUGGCAGGGAGUUUUCUCCAGCCCUUCCCUUUCAAAAGUCCGCAUUGUUUGAAAUUUAUUAUACACGCCGAUACGAAGCAAAAUCUAUCGAUGAACCAGGAAUAAGGUUACUUGGAAAACUUAAAAUUGAUUUGCCGGAUGUGAAUCUUGGGACAGAAAGGCCCGUUGCUUUUAGGUUGACAUUUGGCAGAAUGGAAAUUACGGCGACAGCGAAUAAUAAAAUCAAUGGUCAAAGUUAUCAGACUACUUUCGAAAUAGAUAGGGAAGAGCAGAGAAUUAAUACUUUUUAA